CCGCCUGGCCCGGCCCGCUCGUCCAGCUGGCGUCAGGCCGCGUCUCCUCAGCUCCUCGCGGUCUUCCGCGGCGGCGCUGCAAGUUUGACAUUUUGGCGGCGGAGGCGCGCGCCGGCACUCGCGGGCCCACGGCUGUGGUGGCGGCCGACCUUCCAGGGCCCCUCAGUCGCGCCCCGGCGCUCCCGCCGCCCAGGGUCGGGCGACCACGAGGCCCGGCCGCAUCCUCCCGCGCUCGCCCGCUCGGCGGCUGCAGCCAUGUCGAAGGGGCCAGAGGAGGUGAACCGGCUCACCGAGAGCACCUACCGGAAUGUUAUGGAACAGUUCAAUCCGGGGCUACGAAAUUUAAUAAACCUAGGAAAAAAUUAUGAAAAAGCUGUUAAUGCGAUGAUCCUGGCAGGAAAAGCCUAUUACGAUGGAGUGGCCAAGAUUGGUGAGAUUGCCACCGGAUCCCCCGUGUCGACUGAGCUGGGCCGUGUUCUCAUUGAGAUUUCAAUUACCCACAAGAAACUCGAUGAGAGUUUUAAAGAAAAUUUCAAAACAUUCCAUAAAGAGAUUAUACACGAGCUGGAGAAGAAGACAGAACUUGAUGUAAAAUACAUGAACGCCACUCUCAAAAGAUACCAAACGGAACACAGGAGUAGAUUAGAUUCCUUGGAGAAAUCUCAAGCCGAAUUGAAGAAGAUCAGAAGGAAAAGUCAAGGAGGACGAAAUGCACUCAAAUAUGAGCACAAAGAAAUUGAGUAUGUAGAAACCGUUACUUCUCGCCAGAGUGAAAUCCAGAAAUUUAUUGCAGAGGGUUGCAAAGAAGCUCUACUUGAAGAAAAAAGGCGCUUCUGCUUUCUGGUUGACAAACACUGUAGCUUUGCGAAUCAUAUGCAUUAUUAUCACCUGCAGUCUGCAGAAUUACUCAAUUCCAAGCUGCCUAGGUGGCAGGAAACCUGUGGGGAUGCCACCAAAGUACCAGAGGAAGUCAUCAAUAUGAUAGAAGAAAUAAAGACCCCUAUCACUACCCCAAUAUCCGGAACGCCUCAGCCUUCACCAAUGAUCGAGAGAAGCAACGUGGUGCCCCCAGCUCCUUCAGCCAGAGCGAAUACCAGUCCUUUGAUUGAUAUGUUUAAUAACCCAGCAACAGUUGCACGGAAUUCAGAUUCUUCCGAUGACCCCAGUUUACAGCGAUCGGUUUCUGUUGCAACUGGACUGAACAUGAUGAAAAAGCAGAAAGUGAAAACCAUCUUUCCACAUACCGCUGGCACCAACCAGACCUUACUUAGCUUUGCACAGGGAGACGUCAUCACGCUGCUCGUCUCCGAGGAGAAGGACGGCUGGCUUUACGGAGAGCAUGACACCACCAAGGCGAGGGGUUGGUUCCCAUCGUCAUACACAAAGUUGCUGGAAGAAAAUGCAAAGGAGACAGUGAGUGUGCCCUCACCAAGCCCAGCACCCGUGAGAAGCGUGAGCACGGUGGACUUGUCUGAGAAGCGCAGUACUGCUGUCCCCAUCCCCCCACCGGACUACUUGGAAUGUUUGUCCAUGGGAGCGGCUGCAGAUAGGACAGCAGCUUUUUCCAAACCUAUUUCCACCUUUAAAGCACCGCCAUCCAAACCGGAAACCACAUCUCCUAAUAAUACAAACGGGACUGCCAAGCUUCCUUUUCUCAGUGGAGAAAACCCCUUUGCUACUGUGAAACUCCGACCGACGGUGACAAAUGAUCGAUCGGCACCAAUCAUUCAGUGAAAAGGUGGCCAAGGAAUCCCGGUCCUUGCACUGUUAGUUGUCAGUCGCAGAAGACGGUGUACAUUGUUUGGUGUGCGCUGUUCACUGCCUCACCAGAGGGCGCCUGGUUUUAAAUGUCUUCUACUUGAGCAAAUCAAUGAGUUCUCAAUUUCACAUAGUUGGGUAUGCACAUUUCUGUCUUUAAGAUAAGUUAGUUUAGUGACCAACUCAAUCAUUUAAAAUAUUUUCUUCCUAUCCUGUUCAAAAAAUAGUAAAUUUGGUUCCAAUCCUUACUGUGUCAUUUUAAAAAUAUUCCAUGAUUAAUUUUUAAAUAGCCAAAAUAAGGCAUAGUCUAUGCUUUCAUGACUGGCUUUCUGUGUCUCAAUGCAAAUGAGACCAGUUUUAUUUCAUAAAGCACCUGCUCUUAGGUAGUAUUAUGACAUUUAUCUAAAGAAACUAUAUAAAUUUGCGUCUUCGCAUGCAAAUAAUUUUAAGCAAUAUAAAUUAUGAUGAUAUUAUAUAAAAUUUAACUUAAAAAAUUUUUAAUUUUUGUUUAAUCAUAUUCAGAGCUACCCGAGAUGGAGAAAUCCCAAACUUCCCCAUGAUUUAGACACAGCUGUAGAGCCUGAGAUUAGCCUGUUCUAUGAUGGCCAUGAUAUUGGUACUUGAAUAAUUUCCGAGCUACUGAAUUUGGUAGUUCUGAGUUACCCACCGGAUUGACCAGUGAAAUCCCACCAGGCCAUGCUACACAUGAGUCUGGCUCAUAGGGUGACACGUGCAUCUGAGGGUGCCAUGUGUGGAAACUGGGGUGCUCGCUAAGCUAGUUGACCAAAGCUGCCUCCAUCACUAAUGUGGGUCUGAGUUCCUCCACUCUUCCGUCAGGUACUGACUGCCCUAUAAUCUGCUUGUAAAGCCAGGAGGACCCUUGUGAACCUGAGUCUGGGGCUAGAAGGGUCUGCGUUAGCUGACACCUGCCUGGCACCCGGGGCUUCUGUGGAAGGGAACUCUGAGCAGAUGGCCAAGUUCGUCUCUGGCUGUUGGGGGUUUAGCCCUAUUUUGGAGGAGUAGAGAAUCGUGAUUAGAAGUCACUGUGUGUGGGCAAGGAAGGGGGCUUGUUGCUUAUCAAGCCCCCUUUGGUCUUGAGCUCCGUUGGUCUCACCCUAAAUAUUAUUUUUCUACAAGCCUGAAAUUGGCCAGGGUCAAAUACAGGUAGAACUAGUGUACGUGUAUGACACUCCGGUUCACGGUCCUGUCCUCCUCCUGGCUUGUUGCUAAAGGAGGGCUAAUGACACAGGACUGUGAGGGCUCCCCCAGGACCGACUUGGGAAAAAUGCAGUUGGUCAAGCCACACAGUCUUGAGAGAAGACGCUCCAGUCAGUAAAGAAACCCCAGAUUCGGUUAAGUGGCCCACUGUUCCUCUCACCAUUUAGGUAAGAGUGGGGUUCACAGAAGCCCAUUAUCUGCACCAGUGUGGAGGGAAUGAGGUGUAGACUUCAGAAGUGCCUUAAGGGAGAAGGGGUGGGGGGUGCCACACCCUGGCCCCAGCCUGGGAGUCAUCUGGCUUUGUUAGAGGGGACCUAGGCCCUGCUAGGAGAUUCAGUCUGAAGGCCCACUCGACGCAUCCAGCCCAUACUCACCUUCACGGAAUAGACUAGUGGUCCCUUACCUGCCUCACAGGUGGGGGGCUUGCCCUGUCCUUGGCACUGAGGUGCAUGCUCUGUAAAUGUCAAGGUUUUAUGUUUCAUGAUAGUAAUAAAAGAACUUGAAGAAA